AUGGAAGGCAGGAGCGAGUGGCUCGCCUCCUCGACCCGUCCUGAGGGCUUCGAGCAGAUGAGGCUGAAGAGCAGACCCCGGGAACCCUCGCCCAGCCUGACCCGAGUGGGCUCCAACUUCUACAGCGCCGUCAAGCAGCAGGACUACAGUGCCAGCGUCUGGCUGAGAAGGAAAGACAAAUUGGAGCAUUCCCAGCAAAAAUGCAUCGUGAUUUUUGCACUGGUUUGUUGCUUUGCAAUUCUGGUUGCACUAAUAUUUUCAGCUGUGGAUAUUAUGGGAGAAGAUGAAUAUGGACUCACAGAAAAAAACUGUCAAAAUAACUGUCGAGUUACUCUUGUGGAAAACAUUCCUGAAGGCAUAAACUAUUCAGACAAUGCGCCAUCCCAUUUGUCUCUUUUCCAGGGAUGGAUGAUACUUAAUAUGGCUAAAGCAUCUGUUGACAUAGUGUCUUCCCAAUGGAACCUCAGUCACAGCCAUCCAACUUCAUGGCAGGGGCAGCAAAUUUUUGAAAAAUUGGAAGAACUGUUGUCUCAAAAUAUUGAAAUCAAAUUAGUGAGUGAUAUUCUUCACAAGAAGUCCAAAUUAUUAAAUGACUUGGAAAAAAAGGGUGCCGAAGUGAUAUAUGUAAACUUAAUUGCUUAUACUGGUGGUCACUUGCAGUCAUCAUUCUGGAUUGUGGAUAAGCAACAUGUGUACAUUGGAAGUGCCAGUUUAGAUUGGAGUUCACUGGGGCAGAUGAAGGAGCUUGGCCAUCACGUAUACAACUGCAGUUGCCUGGUUUUAGAUUUACACAGAAUAUUUGCCUUGUACAGUUCCUUGAAAUCCAAGAGCAAAGUUCCACCCACUUGGUCUAAAAGACUGUAUGCAGUGUAUAGCACUAAAAAUAAACUGCAUCUUAAGUUGAAUGAAACCAAGUCAGAAAUCUUUGUCUCAAAUUCUCCAAAGCUCUUAUGCCCUAAAGACAGGACUUUGGAUACUGAUGCAAUCUAUAGUGUGGUAGAUAAUGCUGAACAGUUAUAUAUAGCUGUUAUGGACUAUUUGCCUAUUGUUAAUAUAAUAAAUGAGACAAGGUAUUGGCCUUUUUUGGAUGGAAAGAUUAGAGAAGCACUGAUUCUACGCAAUAUUAAAGUGCGACUCCUUAUAAGUUUCUCCAAAGAAACAAAUCCCACUUUUAACUUUAUUUCAUCUCUUAAAGCAAUUUGCACUGAUGUUUCUGACUGUAGUUUAAAAGUUAAAUUCUUUGAUCUUGAAUCAGAAAGUGCAUGUUUUAUUAAGGAGCCAAAAAACUCUUCUCUUCUCAAGCUAAAUCGCAAUAAAUAUGUGGUAACUGAAAGAGCUGCUUAUAUUGGUAAUUUUGACUGGGUUGGGACCUAUUUUAAUCAGAAUGCUGGAGCUGGUCUUGUUAUCAACCAUGCAGACACUGGGAACAAAACCAGCAUCAUUAAGCAACUUAAAGCUGUGUUUGAAAGGGACUGGUACUCACAUUAUGCUAAAAGUUCAACAGCAAAGAUCUCAAACUGUCUAAUCUACAAACACAGCAAAGCUGCAGCCAAUAAGUCUGCCAUAAGCAAUAUGAACUGA